AUGUCUAGAUCUGGUGUUGCUGUCGCUGACGAAUCCCUAACUGCUUUCAAUGACUUGAAGUUAGGUCAAAAGUACAAGUUCAUUCUAUUUGGUUUGAACGAUGCUAAGACUGAAAUUGUUGUCAAAGAGACCUCUACUGACGCUUCUUAUGAUGCUUUCUUAGAAAAACUACCAGAAAACGACUGUCUAUAUGCCGUUUACGAUUUUGAAUACCAAAUUAGUGAAACCGAAGGUAAGAGAUCUAAAAUUGUUUUCAUCACUUGGUCUCCAGAUACUGCACCAAUUAGAUCCAAGAUGGUCUACGCUGCUUCCAAGGAUGCUUUAAGAAGAGCUCUAAAUGGUAUCUAUGCUGAUGUUCAAGGUACUGACUUCUCUGAAGUUGCUUACGAAGACAUUUUGGCCAAGGUUACCCAAACUGCUCAUUAA